UAUUUUUUAUUUCAUUUUCGGCGAGUCAGUUGGAUUCCGCUACUCGGUAGCAUCGGUUCGAUUCAAUCGGUUAUAGAGACCAGAGUAGAGACGGUUCAAUUUUUGGACGCGGUCCGGCAACGUCGUCGAUCGAAAGUACGCGUUCCGUCCGUACGGCGAGAGCUCGCGCGCGCGGGAAUUGAAAACUUGCGCUGGGAGGGAAAAUUGUCGCACAAUUACCACCCAUUUGCCCAUUAACGGUCCCGGUCCGGGGCUGUUUGUUUUCCUCGCCGGUAAUGUGCCAAGUUGGUAAUCCGGUUUCGUUGUUUGAUAUGUUGUGGCCAGAAACGAAAAGAAGCGGCGGUGAGUCAGAGAAGAAUUAUGAAGUGGGAAAAUUUAUGUGGUGUUGAUGAAAAAUUUGAAAAUUUUGAAGAAGAUGAAAUCAACGUCAAUCUGAAGAGAGGAUGAAAGUGGCGAUUCAAGCGUUAAGAUUCAUGACUGUGAAUAGUCUUUUUCCUACGGCGACCCAGCGUGAGUUCGCGGGGUUGGGGAGAUUUCAUGGCCUGUAGCCGCGUGCCAUCGGCCGUUUGAUCUGGGUGCCAUCUGAGAGGUUGAUUAAAGUACGCUUGGCCGCGCAGUGGAAAUAUUGUUACAUUCCGAGUGGACGGUGUGGGUGGCAUACAAGUGCGAUGAAAAAUGAAUAACACAAUAAAUGGCUGCAGAUGAUUGUCUGCUGUGAAUAUCGUAGGGAAGGCACAAAGAUGGAUGUUGCCCCCAGUGAAGGAAUGUAAAAAGUGCAAUAAGGAUUGGCAAAAUGUGUCAAUAAAAAAAACGCUGUAGAUCAACAUUUUCCGGUAGUGCGAUUUCUGUCCAAAGAGGAGGGAGCUAAACUGCUGCAAUCAAAGAUUCCAUCAAAAAAUUCUGAACGACAACGGCUUCACUAAAUCAAUUACAUAAUGGGAAAGCUACUUGCAUAAAAAAUCUAUAAAAUUUUACACGGUUGUUUCCUAAAAGAACAAUCAACCCCAAGAUCCGUAAAGCUCACCACGUUGGCCCGUGGAAGAACAGCGCUGCUUCCCUGUGCCGGGUCACUGCCGCCGCAGAAUGGUACGGUCCGUAAUAUUUUUACGACCACAUCAAAUACUGUUUCGCUGUCGUCAUUGCGGUAGUUGUUGCUGUUGCCUGAGCUGCUGCACCGGGGAAAUCUGUUGCUACCAGCAUCCGACGACCCACGGUCGCCCAAGUGUUACGCAAUCGAGACUCCGGUGCGGGACUUGCGCCAGCUGGUGCCCUGUUGAUGACUACAUUGAACCUCCUGCCACCAGCGACCAAGGCACCGACGACGCGGCCAUCGUUGAUGAAGAUGAUGGAAAUAUUAAGAUAGAGUAUGAUGCUUUUACUGCUUCCGUUGUUCCCACAUUGAGACAUUCUGCGGUACUGAUAACCGACAUUGCAGCAUAAAGAAAGUGAGCGAAAGUGGGCGAGCGAAUCUGAAAUCAUUGCCAAACAGAGAAGGAAAAAUCUCAACAAAAGUAAACGAAAGACAGGAAUAAUGUAUCUAGUUAGGGAAAACUUGGUGAUAAGUGAUGCGGAGGCGUCCUUGGACACUGAAGCCAAGGGCGAUGAACUGCCGGGAAACCCAUUUGCGACCACCACCGGUGAGAUGCGGUUCGAGAUGGAGCAGCUAGAGCUCAAUUCAACCGGAAUAGGAACGAAUGUUGUGCAACUCUCCAGCAUUGAUGAAAGUGCUCUGAGGACAAACGACACGACUCUCAACAGCACCGAACAAGUGAUCGAUAGCUUCUACUUUUACGAGACUGAACAAUUUGCAGUAUUAUGGAUUCUAUUUAUAGUGAUUGUACUGGGAAACUUGGCUGUGCUGGUAACGUUGUUUAUGAAUAAGAACCGGAAAUCGAGGAUGAAUUUCUUCAUCAAGCAGCUCGCAAUCGCAGAUCUCAGCGUUGGGCUGCUAAGCGUGUUGACGGAUAUCGUGCAGCGGAUUACCAUUUCCUGGCUGGCGGGCAACGUGGCCUGCAAGGUGAUACGCUUUAUCCAGGUGUGGGUCACGUACGCAUCCACGUACGUGCUGGUGGCCCUCAGCAUCGAUCGAUACGAUGCAAUAACUCAUCCGAUGAACUUUUCCGGAUGUUGGAAGAGAGCUAGAAGACUGGUGGGAGCUGCGUGGGGAUUUAGCGCAAUAUUUUCAUCUCCCAUGUUCUACCUAUACGAGGAACGUGUCAUUCAAGAUCAACUCCAGUGUUGGAUCGACCUGGGCAACCCGCUCCGGUGGCAGCUCUACAUGUGUUGGGUGGCAACUUCGUUGUUUGUGAUACCAGCCAUCAUCAUUUCGGCUUGCUAUGUGAUAAUCAUCAAAACCAUUUGGUCGAAAGGCUCGGUGCUUGGCCCCGCUGGCGGUAAACACCGACAACGCAACGGUAGUGGUGACUUGGCCAGGCGACGAGCCAGCUCCCGAGGCAUCAUUCCGAAGGCAAAAGUAAAAACGGUCAAAAUGACAAUCGUCAUUGUGAUAGUUUUUGUGCUCUGCUGGUCACCGUACAUCGUGUUUGAUUUGCUGCAGGUUUUCGAACAGAUUCCCAAAACGCAAACCAAUAUCGCCAUCGCGACCUUCAUCCAAAGUUUGGCGCCGCUCAACUCUGCAGCCAAUCCGCUCAUCUACUGCCUUUUCUCGACGCAUUUUGUCAGAACGUUGAAAAGACUUCCACCAUUCCGGUGGCUUUUCUCGUCCGGAUUGUGUGGGUCUCCCCCAGAUGAGGUCGUGUCCCACAACGGCAGUGGGCAGACGAGCAGCAGUCGGCUACGAAAUCAUCACAGUAGCGACUCGAUGAGGACUCUCACCACAUCGCUGACCACGUCGACACGAAGGUCGGCCACCAUCAUUCGAACGUCGAGGGUCAUCAUUUAGCAGCAGGGGUCCAUGCGCACUGCUUACGUUCCAGCCCCGGGGGUCCGGGUCAGCCAUGGUGGGAAAAUGUUCCUGGUACAAACUUUGCUGUAAAAGCUGAAGCGCAAAAAGAUCUAGUCAAAUUUUAUAGCAUACGAAUCAAUAGGCUUAGGCGAAAACAUUUUAAGAUGCAAUUUUUUACGGUUACCAUUACAAUUUUCGAAGAAUAUUCUCUAUUUUCUACCGUUCGCUGCGAUAAUCUACUGUAACCCGUUAGUCAUGAUAGAUUUUAAAUUGCGCCAGCCCCUGUGAGAUCUUUUAACCUCACGUUUGUAUAUAGAAAGGGCGCCUUACAAGUGCUUUAACUGUCUAUGGCAACAAAGUGUAUACCAAAUAAUCAACGAACAAACUCAAAUCUAAUCUUACUGUCGGUAUAUGCCCAAAAAGUCCCAAAAUCCAGUGAAAAAUAAUGCAUUUACACAUUAAUAGACGAAUCAUACAAAUGAAUUAAUGUUAUCACUUUGUAUUAUACCAAUAUAUGUUAGACUGAUAUUCCGCGGUGCGAAUUACUAAACCUUACCGACACUAACCACCUGUGAAAUUAGCAUUAAAGAUAGUUUAUGGAAACGUUGGAAAUAAAUGCGUUGGCUUGUUGUGGUUCGAAAGUAUUCCACGAGUACAAUCAAUGUACGAAACGAUA